UUUACAGAUUUUGAAGCAUGUGUGAACAUUUUAAAAAAACGGAAUGAAUUUGUGUCUUUUUAAUUAAAACUACAACUUCUCUCUAAAGUGGCAACCUUUCAGACUGAAUGGUGAGCUGACUGCAAUGGGAAAAUGAUACUUGUGAGCGAAAAUAGCAGACUGUUGAGGUCUGCGCUGCUCUCUUCAAUCAACCUCCUCUCUGAUCACUCGCAUGAGGCCGCUUUGUACAGCUGGAGACGUAGUUGGAAGAAACAAGGCGGUGCUAUACCUACUCCAGCAGAGGGUCACAGCAUAUAUUUCUCAGUAGGAAAUAUCUGCCUGCCACUCAGUCCCUCCUGAAGAACAGUGGCAGCAGUAGUUUUUCUUUUUUCUGUCUUUCUUUCUUUCUUGUUUUUUCAGCGCUCAGCAGCAGCAGCAGCAGCAUGGAGGUAACUAAAGGAGAGGAGCGGUCGGCUGAACAAGCUGCGUCUUUAUUUGGGACAUCAGAGCUGGAGAGUCAAAGCGGGAACACUAAGAGAGGAAAGAAGAGGAGCAACCACUGUAAAAUCAUUACUGGGGUACUGCUGCUGUGCUUUCUGGUAGGCAUCCUUGCCGUGGUGCUUUCUCUGACAAAGGGCAGCAAUGGGAAAGAUGGAGGGGAAUCCUGGCUACAGGAGGCCUUUGAGGACACUGAACAGCCAAAGUGUCCAUCUGGAUUUUCCAAGCCUCCCGUCAUCCUGGUGUCCUUGGACGGUUUCAGGGCGGGGUAUCUGAAAGAUCACAGCAGCCACGUUCCAGUCAUCAACAAGUUGCGAAAGUUUGGUACAUCAACACCAUAUAUGAGGCCUGUUUAUCCUACAAAGACUUUUCCCAACCACUACAGCAUCGUGACUGGUCUUUAUCCUGAGUCUCAUGGGAUUGUGGACAACAAGAUGUACGAUGUAACCCGAAACGCCUUCUUCAGCUUGAAAACUGAUGAGAAAUAUAACCCCAAAUGGUACCAAGGAGAGCCAGUCUGGAUCACUGCCAUGCAUCAAAAACAGAAAGCAGGAACAUUCUUCUGGCCAGGCUCAGAUGUAGCCAUCAAUGGCACCCUCCCAAAUUUCUACAAGAAAUAUGAUACGAGCAUCGCAUUCGAGGAGAGAGUGGCGACGGUGUUUGAAUGGCUCAGUUUACCUCAGAAGGAAAGACCUGACUUUAUCACUUUGUACAUGGAUCAACCUGACUCAGCAGGCCAUCGUUACGGACCAGAAAGUGACGAGGUCGUUAUGGCCUUAAAGAAUGUGGAUCGGAUUUUGGGCAUGAUGAUGGAUGGCCUGAAACAGAGAGACCUUCACAACUGUGUCAACAUCAUAAUCAUAUCUGACCAUGGCAUGGAGGAGGCUUCCUGUACCAAAGCAGCAUAUGUAUCAUCUUACCAAGCAGACACCGCCAACUUCACUAUCAUCCAAGGCCCAGCUGCUCGUAUCAGACCAAGCCGCCUCCCAGAUGACUACUUUUCCUUUGACUAUGAGGGCCUGGUCAAGAACCUGUCGUGCAGGACCCCUGAUCAGCCAAUGAGACCUUAUCUCAAAGAGAACCUCCCCAAACGGAUGCAUUUUGCAAACAACAAACGCAUAGAGAGAGGACACCUCUACAUGAAGCCGGGCUGGCAGGCUGCACUUAACAGCAAGGAAAUUAAGUACUGCAAAGGCGGAUUCCACGGCUCUGAUAACCUCUUCACCAACAUGCAGGCCAUCUUCAUUGGUUAUGGUCCAGGAUUUAAAAGACAAACUGUUGUGCCCCCUUUUGAAAACAUUGAAGUAUAUAACCUCAUGUGUGAUCUCCUUGAAAUCCGUCCUGCUCCAAACAACGGGACCCACGGCAGUCUGAACCACCUCCUGAAGCGUACCUUCUUCCACCCUGUACACCCAGCACCAAUCUCCCAUGAAAUCCCCUGCGAGGCUACUGGUCCUGUUCCCACUGAUGACCUGCAGUGCACCUGCGCAUCCCAAAACAAGAUGAUGGAGGAAGCUAUGAACAGACUUCUCUUGACAACUAAUGACAAUGUUAAAGCCAGCUUACGUCGUCUCCAUCAUCCUUUUGGCACCCCUCAAGUCGUCCAACCAGGUGCCACCUUUUGUCGUCUGUACCACUCGGAUUACCUCAGUGGAUAUAGCAAAGACCGCCUCAUGCCUCUCUGGGUGUCGUUCACCAUCCAGCCUCUGACUGGACUGCGACCCCUGAGCCCAGAUUUGGAGGCGUGUGUUCGUGCUGAUGUACGCAUCCCACCGACCGCCAGCCAGCUGUGCCGGCGUUUCAGUGACGACCCAGAUUUGACCUAUGGCCUGCUGCAUCCCCCCAAUCUGAAUGCCAACGGACCUGAGACAGACUCUCUAAUCUCAAGCAACAUGGUACCAAUGUUCCCUGCAUUUAAAGAUAUUUGGACUCAUCUCCACAACAUACUGCUUCCCAAAUAUUCACAACAGCUGAAUGGAAUCAAUGUCAUGAGUGGGCCAAUAUUCGACAAAAACGCUGAUGGGAACGUCGAUGCAUUCCAAACAGUCGUGGCAAAUGCGGCUCCCAUCCCAACACAUUUCUUCGUGAUCCUGACCAGCUGUGGGAACUCGACCUUCGGCCCUGUUAACUGUGAGGGUUCUCUGCAGGCCAAGUCCUUCAUCCUGCCACACAGGUCUGACCACACAGAGAGCUGUGCUGCUGCUGGAGCAGAGCUGACAUGGGUGGAGGAAUGGUUGCAGUUUCACACUGCCCGUGUCCGAGACAUCGAGCUUCUGACAGGACUCAGCUUCUACCACAAUAGGUUAUCAGUGGAAGAGACGCUACAACUCAAGACUUUUUUACAUAGUGUUUAAAAUCACAGACAUUAUCCAAUGAAGAAAGGAAGCCAUACUAGUCUGCUUUACAGGCCUCUGUCCAUGUAGACACACACUUAACCUGCUGUCAGUGGGUUUAAUGGGUGCCUAACAUUUCCUGUGUUCAGAUGAAAUUUAUUCCAACAUUAAGUUCCAUCCAGUUUUUCUUUUUUUUAAUGUCUAAUUCCAAAACUAAUUUUAUAUUUGUUCAAUGUGUGAAUGCCAUAUAUUUGUUUUUGAUCCUGUUUUAAGAGAAGAAGGUCAAUUUAAAUUAUAAAUGAGGCUCCAGAACUGAAAGCCAAAGACGCCUAUCAAAUCUGCUGAGUGGAAUGGGACAAGAACAAAAUGAAAAGGGAAAAGAAAACAUUUAUUGAUGGAGGAAGAAUGUAUUUGCAGUACAGUAUAUCACAAAGGCCUUUAUUGGCAAGGGCCUUCUAGGAAACUCAUGUCAAUCUGGAAACAGUUGUGUCUGCUGUCUGCUGAGGUGGGAGUCCUGCCACACAUCUGGAGCACUGGCUGCAGCAGCUGGUAUCAACAGCAAACGUGAGAAUUUAAGAAGAAAAAAAAAGUGUCUCCACAAAUGGAAAUUAUUAAUGUAAUGUAAAAUUCAAGGUUUCACCUGCCAUGUGUUGUCACUGUAUGUCCAUGGUUAUUAUUGUUUUCAGCACCAGUGUUGUUUUUGGUAUUGUGUACAUUUUGGUCAAUUACAUUUUUGAGAUAGUUUUUAGAUUUUUGAGUGAGUGAGUGUGUGUGUGUGUGUGUGUGUGUGUGUGUGUGUGUGUGUGUGUGUCUGUGUGUCUGUGUGUGUGUGGCUGAAAUUAUUUUUGGAAUCCACACACUCUUUGUUCAGUCUUUGAUCUCUGGUCUUCCCUUCACUGUCAGGAAGUCCAUGAUACACCUUGCAGGGUAAAAAAGAAAAGUUCAACUAUUUCCAUUAUGUACAGCUUUUUAAAGUAUUGUCAGAAAUGGCAGCUAUGGACAAAUAUACAAUUUCUUAUGAAAACUCUUCCA